AUGCCGUUAAAUUCUACUCUUCAAAUGAAACAGGAAUGCAGUCAUUCAAGAAAAGCAGAGUUUAAAACAGAUCAAGGUAUUGGGAAAUCAAAUGAAUCGCCAGAAAGUGCUGACAAAAUAUCUGAGUUCUUGAAUGAUAAUGAUCAUCAAUCAUCGAGAAGGCGACUACUAGAACUGUCGUCAACAAUUCGUUGGUGGAAAUGCCAAUGCAUGGCGCUUGAGCAAGAGAUCCGACAUCUCUUCGAUUCGAAUACUAAAAAUUGGUCAAAAUGCGAAGUUUUAUCCCAUGAAAAUUAUUUGCUUAGACAAGAAAAUGAUCUUUUGAAGAAGGAAAUAGCCAGUUUGUGGUGUAUUCGUGAGAAUGUAAACGAUCCUUUUAUUGAUAGAAUUCCCCGCACAACCGACUAUGAAUCGCAAGUACAACCAUUAAAGGAAGAUACUGAAGGUGAAACUUGUAAACAAAAUAUGGAAAGCAAUGAAACUUCAGUAGAAGAUUUACUGUAUCAACUUUCUGAAAGAAAUUGUCAAAUAGAUCUAUUACAGCGUCGAUUAUCAUUUAUGUUACAUGAACCACAGGAUAAAUUUGAAAACAAAACUCACCUUACUGCCAAAAAUAAACGUUCACGAUUGCUUAUGAAUACUGGAACACUGAAAGAUGAUUGUUCAAAAUAUUCUUACAGAAGUGAAAUCGAUUCUAACUGUGAUACAGAAUUUACCUCUGAAGUUGUACCUACCACGAGUAUAAUUACUACAAGUAUACCGAGUAAACCAGAAACAACACAAUCGGCAUCGUCACCACCAUCAUUUGAUGAGUGUAAACCCAUUAACAGAAAGAUGAGUGAGUUAAAGAUAAACGAAAUUGAUGGAUAA